AGAAACACAUUUCUCUAAACAUGGGUGAAACGGAGCAGAGACCAACAGCAGGAUCCCGGUUAGGAGCACAGGAAAAUGCUGGAAUCAGUACCUUGGAGCAUGGACAAAAGCCACCUAUGACACCUCCGGGAAAACUCGUCUCCAUCAAAAUCCAGAUGCUGGAUGAUACGCAAGAAACUUUUGACAUCCCGGUAAGUACAAGAAGGCUUGGGGGGCUGAAGAUUUUCCAGGGAUUUCUAGAAGUCGAUGAUUUCAAACCAGUUCUGGUUUUAUUGCAAAUCUGUGAUUCUUUGCUGGCCAGUGAAUUCAUGUUGUGAAGAA